UGAUCGAAGCCCAGUGAGACCUCCACCCGGAGUGCCUAUGUUCACCUUUCACAUCUACGCUGUGCUGGACAAAGCGUUUAGAUUCAACCGAGAACACGACAGGCUUGUGCUGGGUUUUGAACAAGUGCAUUUACCCUUCGAACUGACACACUUUGUUGGAGUAAAGGGAGGCUAUCUGGUGGAAGCACGCCUCUGUGUUGAAGAAAGAGAUUUACUACGAGGUGCGGUAUGGUCUUAUUGCUAUGGUGUACAUCAACGAGAUAAAGCGAUUUGGGGAAUGGCCAUGAGGCGUGUUCAAAUUCCUUUAAACCCAAGCAUUAAAGAGCUUCAUGUUUAUGAAGGAUUCAUUUGCCGUGACAAUGUACCACAAAGUGUUUGGCAAAAAGGUCUCCACAUGAUUGGCUUGAAGAACACAAAGGGUGUGGAGAUUUCAAAUGCCUGGCAGUCCUCAGCUUCAGCUCUGCUGAACAGAAUCUUCCAGAAAUGGACUCCGUCAGAUAAACAGAGCACUGAGAGCUUGUGUCAAAGUUUGAAGUAUUUUAUGCAGAGUCUCGGUUCUGCUCACACUAGGAUGGCAUACCCAGACAAUUCACAUCCCCCUCAGGUCCAGGUGUCAGAGCUGAUUUCAGAGAACUUGCUCCAGAUCUUAAAAGGAGAGCCGAAGGAGAAGCUCCCGAGCUCCUGCAGGGACACUAGUCCUCUC